AUGUCCGAGGGGACUCAGGAGGCCGCCGGCUCGAGUGAGCCAGCAUGCGUGCUCUGUGGCCGAGUGGAUAACCAGAAAUCCAUCUUCGGCAGGAGAUACGAGAUGUAUGGGAUGUGCUUCCAUGCAUUUUGUGUGGGAUUUGCCAACGGUCUUUGUCAACAUGGAAUAGACAAUCAAAAUAAAGGUCUGUUCUACGUUGAAGACCUCAUUCGCACCAUGAGGCAGGCAGAGCAGACGCUCUGCUUCGUUUGUGGCCAGCGCGGGGCCACCAUCACCUGCGCGGAGACGGGCUGCGACCGCAGCUUCCAUUUCCCCUGCGCCAACGAGGGUCAAUGCGUCACCCAGCACUUUGACCGACACUGGUCCUUCUGCUGGGAGCACCUCCCACAGCAGCCAGUGGAGACAGCGCCAACGCAGGACACGACCUGCAUCAUCUGCAUGGAGCCCGUGGGGCUCUGCAGGUCGUACAGCACCAUGGUGUGCCCUGCCUGCCAACAUGCCUGGUUCCACCGCGCCUGCAUCCAGGGAAUGGCCAAGAGCGCUGGGCUGCGCUGCUUCCAGUGCCCUCUCUGCCGAGACAGAGAGGUGUUCAUUCAGGAAAUGAUCAACCUGGGCAUCCACAUCCCAGCCAGAAAACCAAAGUGGGAGAACAACCGUGCCUACGCAUCCCUGGGAGUUAGGCACCGGCGCUGCGAUGCCAGCGACUGCCGUUACCCAGGCGGCAGGGAGCGAGAAGAGCGAGAGGGGUGA